CGGACCCAUUUUCCCAUUUCCUUCAACAACCAUAACGAACCAUGAAUGUAAACAUAGCACCAUCCUCCUCCAUCAAUUCUCCGGCUACUUUUCCGGUUAACCGGCAGUCCAGUGUCGCCGGGAUUCCAGACCCUUUUCUUCUCUGCUGCCAGAAAACUAAAGUGUCCGUGUUUUCUUCUUCUCUUAACAGGAAAAUCAGAGCUACAAAAAGCAUAGUUGCUGCUGGUGCUGUGGAAAUGAAAGAAGCAGAGAAAAAGACAAGUAAUCCAGUGAGAAUAGUGAGUAUUGUUGGAGAGGAUAGUGUUAGCCCUCUCAAUUCUGCUCCUUGGCUAGAUGUCAUGCUUCACACUCUGGGGUUUGUUUCACUAUCAUGGAGCUGCACGGGUGGCGGGGCAGUCAUAUACCGGGGCGGUUCUUGUGAGCCCAGAUGGCCAAUAUCCAGCUGAAAGGGAAAAAGAAAGGUUGGUAUCUGCAUUGGAUAGAUGUGGCAUCAAAGAGUGGGAGCCAUUCAAUGUUGAUAAUUGUUCAUGUGAAGGUCCACCGUUGGGGCUUCCAGAGGGGUCAAGUUUGCAUUCUAAGAUUGAAGUCCAAGAGGACAGGACACAUUCUUCAGUAUAGGAGCCUGCAAUUUUUGUUAAAACUUCACUUGUAUUUUGAAUUUUCUGUGUAUUCAAAAUAAGCAUUGUACAUGAAUUUAUACAAAAAGAAUGAAGAAAGAAUGUAAUCCUAUUUGUACA